UUAGUUUUUUGUUUAUAUUUUGAUACCGAACGGUUUUCAUACGUGACAUAUUGGUUUUUUUAUAUAUUGUGCAAAUCGCACUAUUAUUUAGAAAAAAGAGUUCCAACAAUAUGUUAUCCAACGCUAGAAAAUCGAGUGAUAUUGAAAUGAAGCGCAAACCUUCUAAAGAGGCCUUUCAAAAAAAUCUAACUGUGGAUGUUGGUGAGAUGUCCUUGCAGCGUUUGGCUCAGAUUAAUAGUGUUUUAAGGAUAUUGACCGAAUCUAUAGAAAAAAUAAAGAUUUCCCUAAUACUGCCUCAUAUCUUUGAAAAUGCGCUUGAGUUAAGGCAACAUUUGGAACCUACAGCCUAUGACAAUUGUAAAAAGCUCAUUGUGGAGUACCUUAGGGAGAAGAACACCGAAACUGACCCUAAAACGCCCCAUUUGAAUUAUCGUCUAAUAAAGAUUAUAGACUUUUUUCAUGAGAACUGUAAUUCACUGAAAUUUCUGUCCGAUUGUUGGGAUAAUGGCUUGAGUGAGAAUGAUAAAUCAUUAGUUGAGGCAUUUCAACUAUUGCAAAACAUAGCCGAAGAACGCUUAAGGAAAUCAGCUUUAAGUGAAUUUAACAAGGAGAAGAAGAUACAUGAAAUCUAUCAUGAAAAUGAAACACUGAAAAAGAAUAUACAAACAAUUCAACGUCAGCUAAAGUCGCAACGUAUUAACCAACGAUGGAAGUUUGCCGCUAUGGGUGGAGUAACACAAAAAUACGAAGAGAAUUUGUCGUUUCGUAAAUAUGAUAACAAUGUGAAAAUUAAGCAAGAAAUCAUUAAGUCCAGCCGCUGUAUAAAAGAAAUACACUUAACAAGUACCAGCAAACAAAAGGAAUUACAAGAGGAACUUGAUCGCAUUCGAGCUCUAUAUGAAAAACAACUUAAAGAAAAUCUGAAACAGGAACAAAUUGCAAAAGAUAAAAAAAAUAAACUCUUGAUACAGCUGCAAACUUUGAUAAAAAAAUUUGACCAAACCAUUGGUGAUAAAAUCAUAGAAAAUAUGAACCUCCAAGAAGAGUAUGAGAAACAAAAGAUGCUAUUCGAUGUUUUUAUGAUGGUCUACAGCAGCGAAGAAGCUGAAUAUCUGCAAAUUGUACGCACAAAGGAGGACGAGGAAAAACGUCAACAGGAGCAGAAAAUAUUACUCUUUAUGAUGAAUCGCGCUGCGAGGACCAUACAGAAACGUUGGAGACGUUAUCGCAAAAUGAGAAGUCGAAAACAGGCCAAGAAAGGCAAAGGCAAAAAGGGCAAAAAGAAGUAACACCAUUAAAGGUGUACUGUGCAGUAUAUUCAAUCUUCUAUUAAAUUUGAACUAUUAAAAAUUUGAAAUAACCUAAGUAGGCAUGCGUGUGCGUAUGACUGUUUUCCUACGAUAGAGUUUAACGUCAACUUAAUUUCAAUUACCAAUGUGCUCUGUGAAAAAUUGUUUCUGCAUGUGAGAAAAAAAAUAAAACCUUCCACAAACUAUUUUAAAAAGUUUGAAAAUA